CCGCCCGGUCCCCGGGGUGCCACCCAGCCCCGGGGUCGCGCUUUCCGGGUCACUACUCGCCGCUCCCGGACGCGCCCAGCCCGCCGCUUUUUCCCGGUCUCGGUCCAGAUCCCACCAUGCCUUCUGAGACACCCCAAGCAGAAGAGAGGUCUGCAGGGUGCCCUCACCACCUCUCAGGGGCACACCUGGGGAAAGGGAGCCUGGAAAAGGAGCCUCUGGGAGACAAGGAGGACAAGGAGGUCCUGUGGAUCCGUCCCGAUGCCCCGAGCAGGUGCUCCUGGCAGCUGGGCAGGCCUGCCACCAACUCUCCACAUCACCACACGGCUCUGGCAAAAUCUCCCAAGAUCUUGCCAGACAUCCUGAAGAAAAUUGGGGACACCCCGAUGGUGAGGAUCAACAAGAUUGGAAGGAGCUUCGGCCUGAAGUGUGAGCUCC